UUUUUAUAUAUACUAUAUAUAGUCUUGGUUUUCUUUUAGCUUUAUUUAUUUUGGAUAUUCAAUCACUGAGAUAGAGAAAGAAAGAUAGAAUAAGAGGAAGAAAUGGAGAAGCUUUGCAUGAACUCUAAAGGGAUCUCUAUUUGUUGAUUAUUUUGUUUGUGUUUGGGUUAUAGUUUUCUUUAUUUAAUUCAGAUUAUAUAUAUAGAAAGGAGGAAUUUUUAUCGUUAUAUUGAGACAAAUGAGAGCUGGGUUGAGUACGAUUCAACAGACGUUGACGCCGGAGGCGGCAAGUGUGUUGAACCAUUCUAUAACGGAAGCGGGUCGACGGAACCACGGCCAAACGACGCCGCUCCAUGUGGCGGCGACCCUUUUGGCGUCCCCAUCUGGGUUCUUAAGACAAGCGUGUAUAAAGUCUCAUCCCAAUUCGUCUCAUCCGCUUCAGUGCCGGGCUUUGGAGCUCUGUUUCAGCGUGGCCUUGGAGCGUCUCCCCACCGCGCAGAACAUGAGCCCCGGCCUGGACCCGCCAAUUUCCAAUGCUUUAAUGGCCGCUCUUAAGCGGGCACAAGCCCAUCAACGCCGUGGAUGUCCCGAGCAACAGCAGCAGCCGCUUUUAGCCGUGAAAGUUGAGCUUGAACAGCUUAUAAUUUCCAUUCUUGAUGACCCGAGUGUGAGUAGAGUGAUGCGUGAAGCUAGCUUUUCAAGUCCGGCGGUUAAGGCCACUAUUGAACAAUCCUUAAAUUCGACCCCUUGUUCUGUUUCAGUUUCGAAUUCGAGCCCAAUUGGGUUGGGAUUGAGGCCUAAUCUUAAUAGAAAUUUAUAUGUCAAUCCGCGGUUGCAGCAAGGAACCGGAGGGGGAGUACAAUCUGGGCAACAAAGAGGAGAAGAAGUGAAGAGAGUAAUGGAUAUAUUGAUGAAAAGUAAGAAAAAGAAUCCGGUUUUGGUGGGGGAAUCGGAGCCGGAAAUGAUCGUAAAAGAAUUGUUGAUAAAGAUUGAGAGUAAAGAGUUAGAUGGGGUGUUGAAGAAUGUUGAGGUGAUUCGUUUGGGGAAAGAUUUUAGUUUUGAGAAGGGCGAGCUUGUGUUAAAGUUAAGAAAAUUGAGUGGGUUAAUUGAGAGCAAGAUGGUUGGAAAUGGAGGGGUGAUUGUGGAUUUGGGUGACUUGAAAUGGCUGGUGGAGCAACAGCUGAGUUUUGGGGUGUCGAAUUCGGGGGCGGUACAACACCAGCAAGUGGUGGCGGAGGCGGUGGCGGAGAUGGGGAAGAUGCUGGUAAGAUUUGAUGGUGGUGGUGGUGGAGGGAGGUUGUGGUUGAUUGGGACAGCUACUUGUGAAACAUAUUUGAGGUGUCAAGUUUAUCAUCCUUCAAUGGAAAAUGAUUGGGAUCUGCAAGCUGUUCCUAUUGCUGCCAAAGCUCUUCCAGGGAUGUUCCCCAGGAUUGGGAGCAAUGGGAAUGGAAUUCUGAGUAGCUCUGUUGAGUCUUUGUCCCCAUUGAAGGGCCUUCCAACAAGGCGGGUCUCUGAGAACAUGGAUCCUGUUCAGCGAAUGAGCUGUUGCCCGCAAUGUAUGCAGAAUUAUGAACAAGAAGUUGCGAAAUUAGCCAAGGAGUUUGAGAAGUCCUCAUCAGAAGUUAAAUCAGAGGCAGCAAGGCCAUCGCUGCCACAGUGGUUGCAUAAUGCUAAAGCUCAUGAUGAUGCUAAAACAGUGGAUCAGACACCGACCAAAGAUCAUGAUUUGAUCUGGAAGCAAAAAAGCCAAGAAUUGCAGAAGAAAUGGAAUGAUACAUGCUUGCAGCUACAUCCUAAUUUCCAUCAGCCCGGUUUUGGUACCGAGAGAAUCAUGCCAUUGCCUCUCUCAAUGACGAGCUCAUACAAUCCAAACCUGUUUGCACGCCAACCUUUCCAACCAAAGUUACAACUGAAUAGAAACCUUGGAGACGCACUACAAUUGAACACAAAUCGGGUCCCCAGCCAGCCAUCUGAUCGUGCAGUUUCUCCUCCAGGUAGCCCUGUGAAGACACAGCUUGUUCUUGGUCGAUCAAAGGAAAGCACGCCUGAGAAAAACCAUAAAGAACAUGUCAAAGACUUCUUAGGCUGCAUAUCUUCUGAACCACAGAGUAAGUUCCAUGAAUCAAACAUAGUAGAUGCUGACUCGUUCAAGAGGCUUGCCAAAGGUCUAUUGGAGAAAGUAUGGUGGCAACACGAAGCAGCGAGUGCUGUUGCUACAACUGUCACUCAAUGUACAUUGGGGAAUGGAAAGCAUAGAGGUGCUGGAUUGAAGGGAGACAUGUGGCUAUUGUUUACUGGUCCUGACAGAGUUGGCAAGAAAAAGAUGGCAUCAGCUCUAUCAGAGCUGGUAUGUGGUGACAGUCCAAUAACGAUCUCUCUUGGCUCAAGACGUGAUGAUGGAGACUCUGAUGUUAGUGUCCGUGGUAAAACAACUUUGGAUAGAAUAGGAGAGGCAGUGAAGAGACACCCGUUUUCUGUGAUCUUGCUUGAAGAUAUUGACGAAGCAGAAAUGCUUCUUCGAGGAAACAUAAAACGGGCAAUGGAGAGGGGCCGGCUUAUUGAUUCCCAUGGCCGUGAGAUCAAUCUAGGGAAGGUUAUCUUCAUUCUCACUGCAAAUUGGUUGCCAGACUCUCUCAAAUUCUUGUCCCAUGGCAUUACCCUCGACGAAAAGAAGGUAGCUAGUUUAGCAAGUGGAGGUUGGCAAUUAAGGCUCUCCCUUUGGGAGAAAACAGCAAAACGCCGCCCCAGUUGGCUUCACGAUGAAGAAAGAUCAACAAAACCAAGAAAGGAAACUGGUUCUGGACUAUCAUUUGACCUGAAUCAGGCUGCUGAUGUUGGAGAUGACAAAGCAGACGGAUCACACAAUUCAAGCGACCUCACAAUUGAUCACGAAGAAGAACAUGGCCUUAAUAACAGACUGUUAUUAUCACCCUCAACCUCGCCAGCAUCUCACCACCUCCUUAACUCAGUAGACAGCGCCAUUGUCUUCAAGCCUGUGGAUUUCAGCCUCAUUAGACACGACAUUAUAAACUCGAUUACAAAGAAAUUCUCCACCAUCAUCGGCAAUGGUCUUUCACUCGAAAUCCUUGACGACGCCCUCGAAAAAAUUGUAGGCGGUGUAUGGCUCGGCAGAACAGGUUUAGAAGAAUGGUUAGACAAAGUCUUGAUCCCUAGCUUGCACCAGCUCAAAUCAAGGUUACCCACCAAUACCGGUAUGACAACAGAUGAAUCUUUGGUCGUUCGGCUUGAAACCGACGACGACUCCGGUACCCGAAGCCUCGGCGAUUUGCUUCCGAGUGAUAUCAAGGUGGUGGUUGAAGGGUUGUGAUUGUGAUGAAAGGGAUGUUUUUGGUAGAGAUGUAAAUAUGGCCAAAUGUUUUUGGCGGGGAGUGAUAAACAGUUGAGGGUAAAGAGUAAAAAACAGUUAGAAGAGGAGACAUUGAUAGAUUAACGGUACCUUUAGGAGCCAGUUAGGCAAUGUCUCACCCUUUAUUAUUAUUAUUAUU